UUGGUAGCCGUUUUGAGGUCUCUGACCGAUCCGCGCAACGAAACAACAAACCGUUUUUCCUGUUUCCACGCGUCCACCCACACGCAAGGUCGCGUCGUCGUGAACCCGCGGGCGGAGAAGAAGGGGGACACGCAGGCAGGCACAGCCACCGCUGCCGGCGGCGCGAGAUCGAGGAAGGAGGGGAUCCCACGCUCCCCUGCCGCGCCGCUCGAGGUCGAGUGCCGAGCGAGAUGGUGAACGCCUUCUUCCUCUUUUGCGGCUGCGUGGACCAGGCCAGCGUGGCGGUGGUGGAGAAGUGGGGCCGCUUCCUCCGCCUCGCCGACCCGGGCCUCCACUUCUUCAACCCCUUCGCCGGGGAGUGCGUCGCGGGCGCCCUCACCACCCGCGUCCAGUCCCUCGACGUCCGCGUCGAGACCAAGACCAAGGAUAAUGUCUUUGUCCAGCUGAUCUGCACAAUUCAGUACCGUGUUGUCAAGGAAAAUGCAGAUGAUGCAUUCUAUGAGUUGCAGAAUCCCCAACAACAAAUUCAGGCCUACGUCUUUGAUGUUGUCCGGGCCAUAGUGCCAAGAAUGAAUCUGGAUGAUCUCUUUGAGCAGAAGAAUGAUGUGGCCAAAGCUGUACUGGAGGAGCUUGAAAAGGUGAUGGCAGCUUAUGGUUACAGUAUUGAGCACAUUCUCAUGGUCGAUAUCAUCCCUGACGCUGCUGUUCGCAAAGCAAUGAACGAAAUAAAUGCAGCCCAAAGGCUCCAGCUGGCAAGUGUUUACAAAGGAGAAGCAGAGAAGAUUCUUAUGGUGAAGAAAGCGGAGGCAGAAGCCGAGGCGAAAUACCUUUCUGGUGUCGGUAUCGCCAAACAGCGGCAGGCGAUAACUGAUGGCCUCAGAGAGAACAUCCUGAACUUCUCACACUCGGUGUCAGGCACCAGCGCGAAGGAAGUCAUGGACCUGAUCAUGGUCACGCAGUACUUCGACACCAUCAAGGAGCUCGGUGAUGGCUCCAAGAACACCACGAUCUUCAUACCCCAUGGACCGGGCCACGUGAAGGACAUCAGCGAGCAGAUCCGCGAUGGCAUGAUGCAAGCCUCAAGUAGCAAUGUGUAAAUCACCUAUAGUCCUACACGUGGAUUGGAGGCGUUUCAGCUCGGGAUGAGGUCUCGAGUACCAUGUUCAUAGUAUUAGAUUGUUAUUAGUGGUAAAUAAUGAGUGCUGGGGCUUUCGGCAAGUCUGGAGUUGUUUGCGGCCUUAAAACUAGUGAGGUUGAAUUUUCUGUAAAAAAUGUGUUAGCCCGAAUGCUCGACCUUACACGUUCUUUCCAGAUACAAGUCAUAGCGAGCAGAGUUUAAUAUAUAGUGAUAUCUUUGUGCUGGAAAUUAUUUACGUGGUUC